CGUGUGCUUUCGUGGAACCUAUCGGACCGCGGAGGCGAUAGCUUGAACAGAGGUCGCGCGCGGAGUCCACCGGCGAACUCUCGCAGUGCAACUGCCCGGAAGGCGCCCCAGGUGAGGCCUUCACGCUGGUGCCUGUUCGCCAGACGAGCUCAAUCUCAUAUCACCCUCUCAAGACUGACAUGCAGCGAGUGCCCGGCAAGACACGUAGUGCAGCGUCUCCGGCUGCUUCAAGCUGUCUUGCGCAACAGGCCUACCCCCGGAGGAAGACAGCGUUGUCACGUCCGCAGCCGACGCGACAGCGCAGCGUCGUGUCGGCCACGCUGAAAUCACCAAAAGGAUAGACAGAGGCGCCGGCAUCGGGCCGGGGACAGACAGAAAAGGUGCAACGCGCGCGCGAUCCGUGACCUAAGAGCAGCGCAUCCGGUUUAUACUGAAACGGGAGCAAGUGCAGAGGACGCACGCGGACGCGCGUAGGGCGGGUAGGCGAGGCGAGCUAUAGUUGAGCGUCAAUUCGGUUGCGGUGAUUUGGGGAAACACCUUGCUGUUGCCCCCGCGGCCUGGUCCGUUGUAUCGGCUCCCGCCCCUCGUCCCGGCCCUCCUCUCCAUCGUGGACGCUCGCUCGCUUUCCGGCGGGGCUUGACCAGGCAUCGCUGUGCGGCGCAUGCGGUGGUGAAUUCCUAGCGUUUUAACCAGAAGGAAUCCUUCCCGGCUGGGCUUUCGAGCGGGCCGACCGACGGUUGCCGACACCUGGCGCCGGUGCAUGACGCAGCAUUGGGCGUCUCGAAGCGACUCCGACGGUAAAGGGACGCGCUUGGAGGAGGAGGCAGAUAAAGGGCAUCGUUUAAAGGAGGAAGUGCUGUCUCUAAUGGACGAAGAUUUUUCCGGCUAAUGUGGUGCGAAGGUCGGAAGGACUGCCGCUGUGUUGGUGCCGUCGUUGCUGUCGCUCGUGCCGCUCUUCGCUGCCGCAUCUGCGGCUAUACUUGUGUCCUCUGUGUGCGAGGCAAAAUAGUCGCCACCGAGCUGAGCCGUGCUCCACGACGAAGGAAGAAAUGACCAGCAACUGCCGCUUCGAAGGUCUCCGAUACAAACGACCCAUGGUACGCGUCUACAUAGCAUUGCUGCUAGCGCUGACAUUGGCGUCCGCCGCAGCGACGCCGCGGCAGGCGCCGACGGAGGCGAGGCUGGCGCAGCUGUAUCCGGAGGUCGAGACAACUACCGAAGAGUACGACUACGAGUUCAUCGAGGGCCGAAUCGUGGGCGGGAAGCCGGUGUCCGUGCUUAGAAAGCGUGCUCACGGGGGCGGUACCGCAUCCAAGACUUCCUCGAGCGCCUCGCAAGGUGGGAAGGGUGGCAGCGGCUCGACUUCCUCGACGCCAGGAAGCGGGGGAGCCAAGCGACCGCCAUCGAGGACCACUGGAAGACCAUCCAUAGGCGAUGGACUCAGGCCGGACUCGAGCAGCUGGAGACCUUCCUUGUCCGGCACAGGUGCGAAUGCUGGCAACUCACGUCCAAACCUGUCUCCUGGGAUUCUACCAGGCAGCAGUGCAUCUGGCGGCGGUUCCUCUGUGAACAGGCAACGGCCACAAGACUUCGGUUCAGAUCGCCCACGCGAGGCUAACGGUUUUGACAACGAGCAUCGGGGUGGCUUGCCCAACCAGAACCGAGAAAGCGGCAAUGCUAUGCCCUGGAACCACCAGGGGGUGUCUCCGGGCUACCCUGCUCCAGUAACGUCCGCUUACACAGAUGACGAGUCGCCUACCUACAUUCCAAACCCACCCGCAACACCGAACACGUACCCACCACACAACGAACAGCGACCAUCGCUGUCGCCCAGCCCAGGCAACUCUGGCGGCUCACAGGGUGGUGGAGGAAUCAUCAUCGGUCAUCCGCCGACCGACAGGUUCUCGCAACAUGAGGGUGGCGCGAACAGGCCUUCUGCAGUGCCCAACCGAGGCAACGGGCCUCGUUUGGACGGUGGCUUGAUUAUAGGCAGCCCACCAAUUAAUGGUCCCCGCAGUCGCCCGGGUGGCUUCAACGAACCCCUGCCACCGCAGGAAUUAGACCAGGCGCGAAGAGGAGUUGUAAACGAACCGCCCUUACAGCGAGGAGUAGGGUCCUUCGGCUUGCCCUCCUUGCCGAACAACCCGUUCGCACCUUCGAACCCAGGAUUUCACGUACCCGGUAGUUUGCCGCUGCCAUUUGGAGCGGGUCUCUUCAAUCCGGGGCUUGUGAACAUCCAGAAGGCUGUGGAGAACGCGGCUGCUGGUGUUCUGGGGGCGACUGGUGCCGGAAUACACCCCACUGCAGCCAACAUCUUCGGAAGGACGUCUACCUUUGGCCAAAUGACCAGCUUUGGUUUCGCGGAGAGGAAGUGAUUCCGUUCGCGCCUGGUUUUAUUAAUCAAACGACAAUGUGUGCGAGCACACUCUGGUUAUUGCGCGGUAAUAAUAAACACUCAUUACUAGAGUUUAGCACUAAUAGACACUGCUCUAUCUGUAAUCGAGGAAGCCCGAUUUCCAUGUACCGUAAUAAUAAUGCGUUAAACGCACUACCAGGAGCGCGUUAAAGCCUCGCUUUUCUUACUCUGCUAUUUUUCAGCGUUUAGCUGACACAUACAGGUACAAAAGAAUUGCGUACCUUGAACAUAUCAAAUAGGUAGUUUUGGCAAACUCAACUUGAACACUAUUAUGUCUUUCCAGGCAUUCAGAAUUAUGCUAUGCAUGUCAUGGAAAUUUGCUUGGACUUCUGAUUGCUUGUCAAAGGAUCACAGUGUUUAGAUGCGGCGUGGCUGCAUUCGUGCAUUUCUUUAAUGCUGGUGUCGCACUGUAGUUCUCUUAUAGAACGUUUAGAGGCAUUUUGCUUCUUAACCCUUUUUAAACAGCGGACCAGAAUUUCUUGAUUUUUGCCACAGUCAUUCCUUCUUCUCCUGUAUGUCUUUGUGUUUGGAACUGUCAUACAAGUGUUUUUUAGGCUAUGAAAAGUAACAGGAGCAGCAAUUUCCAAAGAUGUCACCAUUUCUUUCUCAUAGACUCAUUCAAAAAUAAUUUCUAAGAGAGUUAUACUGCCAGCGAUCUUUAUUUCAGUCCUUAGUUUGAGGGCGACCACAUUUCAAGGCCGAAGAAGAAAGCGAGCAUUCUUGUGUUGACGCCACUCUCGAAAAACACUCGAUGUGUCAGAAAACUUUGCGGGAUAGGAUCGACACAUUAUUGAAAAAUGCCGUAGCAGUGACCAGGUACCAUCUAGUGUCCGAAGGCAGCGUUGUAAACAUACCAUUGAAAACGAUAGUGUUAUUCUUUCUUGACAAAAUUUCUCUUGGCAGAAUAAUACAUGGCACAGUAAAUGCCGUUUCUGAACCUGGAACGAUGCGACUGUUUUCAGGUGCUUGUGGUGUCGCAAUGCAACGUGCGGGAAGCUUAUAGGUGUCAGUGCAAACACUGUCGUGACUCCAGCAUUCCCUUCCUAUUUUUUCGGAGAAGAACACUCUUCUUUACAGGGAUGUUUGAAUUUAGCUAUUCAGGAAAGUUUACUUCUUGUGGAGUGCUUGUUAACCUUCUGAUCACCUAUGACACUACCAACAAUUUUUUCUACUGUAUUAUUUUUUGUGAUAAAUAAAUCGCAAUUUCUUCUGUCCAUUUGUUGAGGCAAAAGGACCCUAACCACAGCAGCUGCCAUAUGUGUUCGUUUAUACAUCGCUACGAUCUAAUAGAGUAGUGCCAACUGCGUAACUUUGUGUAAUUUCUACACCUUGUAAAAGACACGACGAGCCUUUUGCCACAGAGAUGAGCUUUUGCGUGCACACAGGCUACGCUUACACCGCAUUCUUAUACGACAGUUCUUACUCACUAAGCCCGUGCUUACCAACUACUACAAGUGCCAAACUUGGAUCAUAACUAGGGUACCAGUUUUGUUUACGUAUUACAGUGCGCACGCAUCGCAAAACGCUGGUUUGGGGAUAAGAGGUUUGGUUACUAAGAAAAAAACAGUAGUCAUUGCAGGAAGUCAAGUUUUUAUUUGAAAGGUACUUUAAUAUUGUUCUUCAUGCCAAAUAUGACCAAGUUUUGGAGCAGCCUUGAUGCAUUCCCUCAUGCAUAAGUAAGACUUGGUAACGUUUUUCGAGGCUCUUAUAUUAAGAGCCUGUAACAGAAAGCCGCAUUGGUCAGGCUGCUUUCAAUUGCGUGUACAGAAAUAUUUAGUCGUGAAUUAAGAAUAGAGUGAAAAAUAGCACGUCGGAUGGCAAAAGAAGAAUGAAAUAUUAGCGCAAAUAAAGGGUGGCAAGCAUCGUAAGUUACCGAUAUGAUUCCGAAAAUCCUGUCAUCUUCAAGUACUAGGUAUACCUGCCGAGGUUUGAACAUUUUAUACUCAUACAUGAGUACAAAGUGCUCAAAAAUUUCCUGACACUUAGAGUAUACACGCCGUCGUUUGUUUCAGGUUCAAUUUUGCUGUGAUAUUGAUACAAUUUCGCUGCCGUAUUGACGAUGAAUUAAAUCUUUUCUUUUUGUUA